ACUCCGGACUCGUGGCCGUGCCGAACUUGCACAGGAGAGAGGAGGUUAUUUUUCUUUCUGGUCACCGAGGUCACUCUGUUUCCAGCGAGAUGUACGACGACUACAACAACGAGCAAUAUGACGCCUACGACGAUUACGGGCCGCCAGAAGUGCACGAUCAGUACGAGCGGCCGAGUUACCGGCAGGUGCCCGAGGUUGUUCGCAACUUCCUGGUGUUCCUGCGCAACUGCAUCAACGAGGGUAUGAUCUUCGAGAUCCAGAAUCUGUACGAAAACUCAUUCCCCAAGAUAUCGGAGCAACUGUUUGACAAGUCGCCGUGGCCGGACGCCGCGACGAUCGCCCACAUCGUCGACAACGACGCGGUGUUCCUCACCCUCUACAAGGAACUCUACUAUCGUCAUAUAUACGCGCGCAUGCAGGGUCCCACGUUGGAGCAGCGUCUCAACUCUUUCUACAAUUACUGCGAUCUCUUCAACUAUAUCUUGCAUCCCGAUACUCCGGUGCAGCUGGAACUGCCCGAUCAGUGGCUGUGGGAGCUCAUUGACGAAUUCGUCUAUCAAUUUCAGUCGUUUGCCCAGUAUCGUGCCAAUUUGUCCAACAAGACACCAGAUGAGAUCGAGAAUCUGACUGCGCACAACAAAAUCUGGGACGUUCUAUGCGUGCUGAACGUCCUGCAUUAUCUGGUCGACAAGUCGAAGAUAAAGAGCCAAUUGGAGGUAUACGCGAGCGGCGGCGAUCCGGAUUCCGUAGCCGGGGCCUUCGGCAGGCAUUCCUUGUAUAAAAUGCUCGGCUACUUUUCGCUCGUCGGUCUUCUGAGACUGCAUUCUCUGCUGGGCGAUUAUUAUCAGGCCAUCAAGGUCUUGGAAAACGUGGAGCUCUACAAGAAGAGCGCGUAUUCCCAUGUACCCGGCUGCCAGAUCUCGACGGCGUAUUACGUGGGCUUCGCAUACAUGAUGAUGCGCCGUUAUGCCGACGCGAUCAGAACCUUCUCCGGUAUCCUGCUGUACAUCCAACGUACGAAGCAGCUGUUUGCCACACGUAGCUAUCAGAACGAUCAGAUCAACAAGCAGACGGAGCAGAUGUAUCAUCUGCUCGCCAUCUGCCUGGUUCUACAUCCGCAAUGCAUAGACGAGGGUCUGCAGCAGGCUCUGCGGGACAAGAACUACCACGAGAAAAUGUACAAAAUGCAAUAUGGCGAUCUCACCGAAUUCGAGAAUUGCUUUAUAUUUGCGUGUCCCAAAUUUCUAUCGCUCACACCACCGAAUCCAGAUAAUCCCAAUGAAGAUUAUGUCCGCGAAGCCAUUAAACAUCAAACCCAAGUAUUCAUGGACGAAGUGGUGCAACAGAAGAUGUUGCCGACUAUUCGUUCAUACUUGAAACUUUAUACAACAUUGCCGUUAAGUAAAUUGGCCACAUUUAUGGGAAAUACUAGAUCCGAUAACGAAGGCUGGGAUCUCGACAAGGAAGUCAACGCAUUGACGAUCCACUUAUUGUGCUUCAAACACAAGAUGAAGAACAUUGUUUGGACGAAAGGUACAUCGGGACUAGAUGGAAAAUUUCAAUCCGGUUCAGAGUUGGAUUUUUAUAUCGAUCACGACAUGAUUCACAUCGCCGACACGAAGGUAGCGCACCGUUAUGGAGACUUUUUCAUUCGCAAGAUAUUGAAGUUUGAAGAGUUGAAUCGUAAAUUACAUCAUAUAAAGAUUUAACUCAAAGAAUUGUAUAUUAGUGUACAAUUAUUAUUAAACAUCUUGACAGUACGUUCGCAAAACAAAGGAAAUAAAAUUUUUAGAAAUAAA